AUGGCCCCCUUCGACGGGCAUUUCUACACCCACCCCGACUUCCAGCCAAACAAUACAGCCGGAUUGAUUGCAGUGACCGCGGAAACACCCGGGGGUCAAGGCGAAUCUCAAGAUCAUAUACGCGGACUGUUCGAUCUGACAAAUGACACGGAACGAUGUACCACACUGAAAGGACGGCAGCGCUGGCUGGCGGUAAAGCUCCCCGAGCAGCAGCAGAAAGAGAAGGAAGCAGCGGAGCUGGGGAUUACAGUUGCAGAGGAUGGAGUGCAAGGGUUGUGA